CGGGUGUCUUGUUAUCGCGAGGAAGCUGAAGGAAGUGAAAAGAAGCGAGAGUGUUUUUCACCGUCGACGCUUCCAAAGAGCCCAUUUGGACAGCUCCAGUACGUUUGUGAGCCUUCGUACACAUGGAGCCCCCGGUGUGACGGUGGGGAGGGGGUGGAAGCCCAAAAAACGUUCAUGAGCCACCCUCCCACGAUGGGACCGUCUCCCCGUACUCGGUGACGGCGUCGCCCGCUGUCUUUGCCGAAGCAUGGUGCCCUCGUGCCGGAGGAGAAGGUCUAUUUGUCGCUCUCUGUUCCCGGAAAGGCGACGCUGGUGCUCGGCGGAUUUCUCAGCCCACUCAAGCCACGAACCGAGAUCCUCUCAUCAUCGGCGAGGAGGGAGAUGUGCCCGUCGUCACUGCGAGGGCAAAUGAGUCACGACCACACUUUCCACUAUGUAGAGCAAGGAAAUGCAGGAGGUGUGAAAGGAUCCGAGCCAGGUCAUUGUUGCUGUGAAUAUCAUUUUACACCUAAUUUAGUGUGAGCAUCCAUCAGAAGCCUUUCAACAUGAGCAACCACCACGCCCUUCCCCAAGCUGCAUCCUCUGAGCUUGAGGUGAUCUCCCAACAAAUGGAGGAGGAGAACCAGUGCGCGGCCCCAGUUCAGCUGGUUAGCUUCACCUACAGAGACUUACCUCUGGCUGCCUUGGAUGUAUCCCUUGCUGGAUCUCAGCUCAUCUCAAACCCGGAUGAAGAGGACAACAGAGAGGGGUCCAACUGGCUGAAGCCAUGCUGCGGCGGCCGGGCGGCUCUGUGGCAAGUGUGCCUAGCGUCGGCUGGUUUUAACUGCGUCCUAGUGGCCUGCGUGGUUCUGGUGGUGCUGCUGCUGACUCUGGAGCUGCUUGUCGACACCAAGCUGCUGCAGUUUAACAACGCAUCGCAGUUUGCCGGCAUCAUCCACUGGAUCAGCUUGGCUAUCCUGUCGGUGUUCUUUACUGAGACCGUUUUCAGGAUCGUGGUCCUGGGGAUAUGGGAUUACAUUGAGAACAAAGUGGAGGUGUUCGACGGAGCCGUCAUCGUCCUCUCGCUGGCCCCUAUGGUGGCCUCCACCGUGGCCAACGGCCCCAGCAGCCCAUGGGACGCCAUUGGCCUCAUCAUCACACUGCGCAUCUGGAGGGUCAAAAGGGUCAUUGACGCGUACGUGCUGCAAGUCAAGGUGGAGAUGGAGAUGGAGAUCCAGCAGUAUGAGAAGGCCAAGGCGGUGAGAGAGGAGCAACUAGACCGCCUGACGCAGAUCUGCCAGGAGCAGGCGUUUGAAAUCCGGCAGCUGAGGGCCCACCUGGCCCAGCAGGACCUGGAUCUGGUGGCAGAGCGGGAAGCAGCCAUGCAGAUCCACCAUAUGUGGGGUAAACCGAGCAGCAGUUUCCAUGAGGUUGACGGACUGGCCCCUGGGGUCUCCGAUCAUCACAGGCCGACUAAAGUUAGAGAGCCCGGCGGACCCUCAGAUCACCACGGCCAGGACGACAUGAACAACUACAUCAGCCAGUAUUACAGCGAGCCGAGCAGCGACAUGGGUGUCCCCGACCCGGCCGCGCGCAUAAUCACCACGGCAGCAAUCGACGUCCACAUCCCCAACAACCCCAGCCAGCUUCCGCCAUCUCUGGUGAGCGCUGACGGCGCGUCGGGUAGUCGCCUGCAACGCGCCAACAGCUCGGCCAGCGAAGCCUCGGCCACCACGGCGUCGCGCAUCAGUAGCCGCACGCUGGGAUCCGCCGACUGCAGCUCCACUGUGCGCGAGGCGUCCACGUCCACGGACUACAGCGACCAACGCUGCUACCCGCCGCCCUACAGCAGCCCCCUGGCUUUAGCUACUCAACCCAGGGGGAGCCCCAGCGCCGUCGUUCAGGAGCUACUCUCCUCUCUGUCCGAGGACUCCUGCCUCACCCAGAAGGGCCUGGACCCGGUCAACCUCAAACCUCCCAGCCCGACCGGUUCUACAAAAAACAGCUCCGAGCUGGAGAACAGGGUGAACAUCUACAACAAGAGGAACCAAGAGAGCCGGGUCGGCUCACACACGAAACCACUUAUCCACCUGCAGGGCACCGAAGCGUUCUUGGAGGAGAAAUACCGAAUGAUGGAACCGGUUGAUGCUCCCAUACAUCAUUUGUCUGGGACAUAAAAUUGUGGUAGAGCAAGAACAGGAACCUAAAUCGAUGCUACAGCCAAUCAUCUGUCUGGAGCGUGAGAUACUGUCAGAGAGCAGGAACAGAAAAUGUCACGGAUGCUCCAACCCAUCUUAUGUCCUUAACAUCAAGGUAGGGGAAGUGAGCCUGAAAAGUAAGCUUGAAAAAUGCGAGAAACCAUCAUUUGCCUGAAAUAUCAGGUUAAGAAAAAGAGCAAGGACAAGAAUCUCAAUUGACAUUCCACUCCACUAUACAGUACAUCUAAGGCUGAAGGUAGUGAAAGAGCAAAAACAGGAACCUCAAUUGACAUCUGUCAAAGAUAUAAAAAGGUGGAAAAGAGCAGUGACAGGAAUUGAAGGAUGGAUUGGAGUGUGGAUUUCAUCUUUUACAUGGUGGAUGAGUGUUGGUCAGGAGGAAGAACACCAACAGGAUCCACUCGUAUGCCCGUGAACCUGUUGAAGGACUGUUUAUCAGGAAAUUACUAUUACACAAGAAAUUUUUAUAAUUUGACUAAACUUGACCAGCAACAGAGACGUUCUUGUGCGAAACAAACUUUGUACCCUAGCGAGCUGUUUGAUUAAAACAACUUAAAAGCAAAUUGAUGGAACAACUGCAGGGUACCGUGGUGAAAAAGUGUUGCCGUCCCAAGUCAUUUCUAUCUUUCUCUUUCUAUUUUAGCAACGUUUAUAAUCUAAAUUCUAUGAAUGGAGUUUAAAAGACUUUUGCAAUCGAGCCAAGUCAGUACUGAAAUUUUCAUAUGUGCAUCAACGACAUCCAGGUCUACAUUAUUGUAUUACUACUUUUUAAGGUUCUGAAGCUGUGUAAAUAUUUGGAGGAAUUAUGUGCGUCUACUACAAAUUGAUCAUGGCAUGAACCUUCUUAAAUACGGCACACUAACUUUAUUGUAAUGUCAACAAAAGUUUUCUAUCUCGGUCAACGUUGACGUCCGACACUACAGAGGGCGACCAAUAAAGAGAAAAAGAAUACACGAGUGAGUCGCCUUUAAUACAGAAAUGCCCAAAUUACAUAGCUUUACACUUAGGAGGAAGACUUGCCAGACAAUAGCAACACUAUACCAAGUCCUUGUCACUAACAGAGGCACAAAAUCUCUUCAAAGCACUGCUUCAAUUGUUUAAGUUUACAACUUGUGUAUACACAAAAAAUGUGUUAUUGAUCUAAAGACAGCAUGGACGGCUUCUUGCGUCCGGUAUUGGCUAUUGGUGAAGGCUGCACCUGGUACGUGAAAAGCUUUCAGGCACUCGCUUUCUCCUUACUUGCUCAGAGCUUCGGUCAUCUCAGGGACAGCCUGCAGGGAAACAGAUGAUGAUUGGUUACGUUCUCUGUUGUUGUGUGAACAUACCAUGAACAUUAUUUACAGUUUUUUCUUGCCUGACUUGAGAAACACAACAUCCAUACUGCCCAACUUUUUAGGAUUAGUCAACAAUUUCAUGAUCCUUGCUGUUUCCUAGUUGUUUCCUCUGAAGGGAUUGGGCUAUGGUUAGCCUUAGAUUUGAGGCUAGAUCUAUCAAUUCCCAUGAUGUAUAACAGUCGAUCCCAGGGACAGCUAGAUCAGUCAAUACUGUCAAUUCCAAUGACAAUUUAAAUGGUAAUUUGGUAAAAUUACCAACCAACAGAGCAAAGUAUCGCCACUCAACUAGAUUAUUGAAGUCUAUCCACUACAUUUCAUGUUUUUGAGAAAACAAACCUGGACGUAUGUAUCGGUUUUCCUUAAUACAUAUUUUGAUGGACUCCCGUAGCCAUUAAACAGUGAGACGACAACCAGGGGUGAAAGUGGCUAGAAUUUCUUGCCAGAAUUCCCUGACGUGAAGGUACCCACGGAGCCAGAAAUUUUAUUUAUGUAUAUUUUUUCUUGCUUUCUUUUUUUUUUUUUUUUUU